AUGAACAGUCAGGAUAGGAGAAAGAGCUGCGGAUUUCGAAACACGUUCCAUAUCGAGAAUAUGCAGAUGCAAUUUGCUUCAGACAUAGCGACGUCAAGUCCCAAGUUGUUUCCAUGCAAGCGCGAUCACUGGCUGCCUAACCUAGAUCAUGGUUUCGUGACAUCCGACCCAAUCUCAGGUGCUGAGGAAGCAACUGUAAACCAAUUGUUUAUACCAGGUGAAAAUAGAUGGGACUAUGAUAUUAUUGUUGAUCUCUUUAGCGAAGAAGAACAAAGACAAAUAUUGAAAAUCCCCUUGAGCUCUUAUGGAAGAGCUGAUCAAAUUUAUUGGGUUCACGAUAAUAAAGGACUUUAUUCGGUUCGUAGUGGAUAUGAGAGGUUGAUGUUGGAAUUCUCCCAGAACUACUCGAACAAUAUGGAUAGGUAUUGGAGCACCAUAUGGAAUCUUAAAAUUCCAGCAAAGGUACACAACUUUCUCUGGCGGGCAUCACAACAAGUUCUUCCUACAUCGGACCACUUAAGGGCCAAGAGAGUGGACAUUGAUAAACACUGUCCAGUAUGUUUGCAGCACGAUGAAUCUGUUUUGCAUAGCUUGGUUCAUUGCGUGUUCGCUCGAAGUGUUUGGGAUGCAACGGGGAUUACUUCCUCUCCUUCCUUGACAGAUAGCUUCAAAGAUUGGUUGAACCUUGUGCUAAGAAGUAACAAACAAGACCAAGAACUAAUUGGCAUGACUUGCUGGGCCAUUUGGACGAACCGAAACGAGGUAGUUUGGCAAUCUCGCUCUCAUACUGUGUUGAAGGUCAUAGCAAAUACAAAAAUCUUUUUGCACCAGUGGCGUGAAGUCCAUCAACCAGCAGCAACACAUAUCCGAAACCCACAGACGCUGGACUUUGCUAAAUGGUACCCACCUGCGGCAGGCUCAUUUAAAAUCAACAUUGAUGCUGCAAUUUUUGAGAACCAGUGA